AUGCCGUCGAUGAUUGUCAGAGCUUCUUUUGGCGCAGAUUCAGUUCUGUGGUUGCAGGGCGUGAUUGGAGGUUCAGUUAGUGGCGGAAGGGAGUUAGCAAUGGCGGUUGUUUGCUGGAAAUCGCUUGCAUUGCAGAAUAAGUGGAAGAGAGCUGAUAAAGGGAGGACCGUGUGGGUCUGCUUCUGGCGGUCGCAUGCACAGAGGUGGGGAUUGGAGCAGAUCACUGGCGGUGUGGAGGUCGCAUGGCCGUUUUGUGGUCGUGGUGCUCAGUGGUUGAGCUGUUGCGACGUCGUCAUCAGGAGGUGCUGCCGGAGGUUGGUCGAUGUCCAGCGAAGGGGUGAUGGAGUGGCAACGGUCCGAUGGUUAUCGUGUGCUGGAGAUUGCACAGUCGAUGUGGGUGGGUUGAAAGAAGAAGGAGGAUGCAGGUGGCGUGAAGUCGCCUACAUGUUGCUGAAUGGACUGGGCAUGUCCGGUUUGGAAGUAGCAGAGAAGCAGUGGAAUCGGAUGAGAAAGGAAGUAUUUGGUUUUCACGAUGAUGAUGGAUGA